CUGCCUACAGAGGUUAGGCGUAUGAUACUCGAAGCUCUGGUGAAAGAAGGCGGCGAGCUGGCGCGCUUUGCUGCCGUGUCGCGAGAGUGGCAGGCAGUGAUCGAGCCACAGACAUUUAAACGGAUAAAAAUCACACCGUCACGCAUCGCCGACUUUGAUAACAUGACUCGUCGUAAUCGAUCUCGUGUAAGGUACUUGUGGCUUUGCUUGGAAUUAGAACGCUACGAUUGUGAUGCAUGUUCUCCCGAUGGUGACGAUGAUGACGUUCCAAUGUUCAACAGCGCCGCAGACGACCUUCUAAUCAAGACAGCCAUUCAAUCUUUUCUCUCAGUCCUCAGCGCCUGGGACCGAAACAGCUCUUUGCCCCUCGAUAUUAGUAUCUACUCAACCAGUGAUGCAGAGCACUGGUUUAAGUAUCUCACAUUUGAACCAGACGAUGAUGAAGAUGAUGCCUCAUCUAACCAAGUUCCAUGCGAAGUUGAUGAUGCACGACAUCGAUGGGAUGCUACUGAUUGGAGCGUUAUCACGGCCCAGUCUGCUGUCCAGAACGUCUUUACCCGAAUAUUGGGCGAUCCGUCAGGCGAAUUCGAGGAUGAGCAGACGGACCAUCUUGAAUGGUGGAGAGAGUUACCACCGGUACCGGCUAUCACGCGUCUGCUUUUACGUCAACAAACCCGCCGGCGCUGGGAACCUGAAGCGCUUACUGAAAUGUUCGCCAGAUUUCCGAGAUUACGUGAGCUACACUUUGAACCGUGGAGGGAGUGGGAUAACAUGCUCCAGGAAACUACAGACCUAGGUUAUCUUACUCUCCUUGAGUCUCCUAGCAUUCGAAGGCUGAAUAGAUUCACCAUUUUCGAGAAUUUUAACCAGCGCUACGUGCACGCUUACUCGGAGAUGGACUGCUCACGCAUUCGUCCUCCAAAUCCUGCUCUUAGUCGAAUCCUCUCUGAGGUUAGUAGCAAUUAUGAAUCUCUUUCAGCAUCAUUUGUGGUGGAUGCAGAGGAAUUCCUUGUCUUGGACGCAUAUCAACCUCUGAAAACGUGGCCCAACCUGAGACAUCUGUUCCUUACUUCACAGUUGUUGGCGCCUGAUCAAGAUAUGACACGAGUUACAAAUAUGCUUCGAGCAGCAGCAAGGGCGGCCGUUUAUAUGCCAAAACUUGAAACAUUGCAAAUAUGGAAUGGACGAAAGAACCUUGCCGCGCUCUUCAAGUAUGAGCCCGCCACAGAACAAGGCCAGACUUCUACCAUUACUUGGAAGGGUACCUGGGAGUUUUCUUUAGAGGCUUCCGCCGUUCAAGCUUGGCAAUCUCUAGCGCCCGAGCCCUCACAACAUGGAAUGAGAGUGAUUCACGAAAGUUUUGACGGCGACCAGGUACGAUGUCAUGGCGAUGCGAUGCUCCUCCUAGAGCUUCCGGAGGUGGUCAUCCGACAUGUUUCACUACGACAGAUUCGGAAUGAACAAAUGUACAAA